UCUUGACUAGUGGGGAGAAGGAGAAGAAAGGGAUUUCAAAAGAGAGAGAGAAAGCAUUGUGAAAGCCGCCAAUUGCGAGUAACUGGGAUCGCGGCGGGAGACAGCCAACCAAGCAGCCCGCGCGAGGGGAAAACACGACGCGUCAGUAGAGCUCGAGGCGGCCAGCAGCCAAUACACGCGCAAGGGAGGCGUGUCCGCGCGCUGCUCCAGCGCCUCCCCGCGUGGGCUGUCGCGCUCGCGCACUAAAAAGCUCUCUCACCUCCGGAGCGCGCGUCAGUUUUCGGAGUCGGAGCCAUGGCGACGACAGCUCAGUAUAUCCCGCGGAAUAACUCGUUGCCUUCCAACCCUCUCAUGCACCCGGAUUCGGACCGGAUGCACCAGGGCACGACCUAUCGAGAAGUGCAGAAAAUGAUGCACCACGAGUAUCUUCAAGGGCUCGCGGCGUCCAACGCGGGCCACCCGAUGAGCCUGACGCACCACCAGUGGCUGCCCACAUCCGGCGCAGACUGGAGCAGCGGGACGCACCUCGGCCAGCAGCCUGAGCACAAGGCCAGCGUGCCUGCGAGCCGCGAAGAGCUGACCACUGGUUACCACAGGUCGCAUUUGGUGCACCAGGCUGCACAGAACGGCCACCAUGGCUCGUGGGCGCCGAGCAGCACAACGCAUCACCUGUCUCCGCUGUCGCCCGCUUCCGGGGGCCACCAGUCACUGGUCUAUUCUCAGACGGGCUAUGCUAUGCUGAGCCCGCAACCAUCGCUGCAUCACGGCAUGCGCGAGCCGCUGCACGACGAUGCCGGCGGUCAUGAACAUCAGCUCGAGUCGCCGCAGCAACCGUUUGGGCACCACCAGGACCACUCAGACGAGGACGCGCCCAGCUCCGACGACCUUGAGCAGUUCGCCAAGCAGUUUAAGCAGCGGCGCAUCAAACUUGGCUUCACGCAAGCGGACGUGGGGCUUGCGCUCGGCACGCUCUACGGCAACGUGUUCUCUCAGACCACUAUCUGCAGGUUCGAGGCACUACAACUCAGUUUCAAGAACAUGUGCAAACUUAAGCCGCUUCUCAACAAAUGGCUAGAGGAGACAGACUCGAACACAGGCAGCCCGACUAACUUGGACAAGAUCGCGGCACAGGGCCGCAAGCGCAAGAAGAGGACCUCGAUCGAGGUCGGGGUGAAAGGGGCGCUGGAGAACCACUUUCUGAAGUGCCCCAAGCCCUCGGCGCACGAGAUCAGCACGUUGGCCGGCACGCUGCAGCUGGAGAAAGAGGUCGUGCGCGUGUGGUUUUGCAACAGGAGACAGAAAGAGAAAAGGAUGACCCCUGUGGGGGUCGCGCAUCCGAGCAUGGAGGACGUUUACUCACAGGCGGAGACCCCUCCACUUCACCACACGCUACAAAGUCCCGUCCAGUGACUGUCCUCCUGACUGAAGCUCUUAUUUCAGCUGAAACAAAACAGUAACAUCGAUAGAGAAAAUGGGGGACUAGGGAUUUCACAGUAUUUAAUUUUAAUUUUUUGCGUUUGUUAUCCUGAGUGACAAUGCACGCAGCAAAGUUGGGUGAAAAAGAGUUUCUCGCCGCAGACCGGAGACUGUGGCGCAACAACAGUAGACGGGACGCAAAUGAUAAUGGGGAACAAAAUGCAUGAAUGACUGCAGAGUCGAAUUGAUGUGCAUUUUAGGGAAAACUGUUUUCACUAAAAACGUAUUGAUUUGAAGGCGUUCUGGUGGAGAAAAAUAAUAAUUCGAUUAUUUCAGCGCUGCUCAAAAGGAGCCAUAUGCCACAAAAGAGAUGUGUUUUUUUCCCCCCCUCAUCGCUGUCGCAGGCUUAAUCUGAGGUGGUGGUUGUCUGAUCUGUUGUCAGCAAAGGACACAGUCACGUUUUCUACUUUAUAACAAUUAACAGAUUCACUGUUACGGUAUAGUUGUCAGAUCAUUUUGUGAUGUUUACUUUAUUUGGGAUGUUUUAACCUUUUAUGUUUCAAUGUUGUGUUUGUUUUACUGUUUUUGAACACUUUUGGACUUUUCGUGUAUUUUUCGAGUAACGACAACCCAAACAUUUUUGUCAAAGCCACUGAGCCAUAAUUUGGAGAUGUAUCUUGUUUACAAAUGUCCGAUAUAUUAGCACCUGAUUUCAUGUAAACUAUAGAAAAGAGGGUACUGUCAAUUAGCCUACAUGAUCUUAAACACACGAGUUUGUCAUUUUGCGUUUUCCCUCUUUUUUAUAAGCACUUAUUCUUGCGUUAACAUGGUCGCAAUUAUUUAUAAAAAAAAAAUAAAUAAAUAAAAAAUUCCAUGAUAACUAGAGCGUGAUAGUUUUGUGAUAGGAUGUACAACGAGAUGUUUUCUUGUUUACAGUUUCCUUUACUCAUCCAAAUGACUGAGUUAUCAAGAAUCGAUGGUGAAUUUUUGUUUGUUUGUUUGUUUGUUUGUUUUUCCGAAACAGGCUAAACCAGUUUUCAGCCAGUGAAAGGGCGAAAAUGGAAAUAAAAGUAAUAUCUCAGGUAAAUUUCAGCGCCCGUAUAUUCUGCUGUACUCCUUUACUUAUGUGUUAUUAUCAUCGGCCCAGUCUGGUCGCGCUUUCUGCUGUGCCCGUCUGAAACAGCCCAAGUUCGCAUACUAGUGUACUAAGUAGUAUGUUAAAAUAGUAUACAACUAUUUGGACGUACUAUUUAGAACUGUAGUUUUUGGACGCGGCUGUGGUCGCUCGGAUUUGUUCCCUACUGGCCUGUAAACGAAUAGAGGAAGACGUUGUGCUGAUGAAAAUAUCCGCUGUGGGAUUAUUUUAUUGCUUUCUGAGAGCAGGAAGAGGGACCCUGAAUAAAGUCGUGCGUUUCGUGUUGUUUCUCAAGGCAUCUGUGAUUGAGCAGCUUGGAGCAGGUGUUCAUGUUUUUGUUUUUGUUUUUUUGUUUGUUUGUUUUUUUUGUUUUUUGUUUUUUGACAAUUCUGUUAUUUGAAAUCGUGUGGGAUAUACAACUUUUCCAAAAAAAAAAAGAAAAAAAAGAAAAGAUUUUAAAUAAAUAGUUGUCAUUAUUAUUUCCAAUAUGUAAAUAUGUCCAAUAUGUAAACAUAUGUAUUUGUUCUGAGUUUGUUUUGGAUUUGUUUUCCUUUUUGUUCUUUCCGGGCAGUUUUGUACACUUACUAAUUCCAAGAAGAUAUUUUAAUAUUUCAUUUAUGGAUUUGACCAUUUAUAUAUCUAUAUAUUUAUUUCUUAAAGUUGUUCGGAGCUUUCUGUUUGGCUCUGUUAAUUAUGUUGCAGUGAAUUACAAAUGUUUUUGUUUACUACAUUGGUUGUAUGUUGGUUGCGAAAUGUAGACUGCAAAGUCACGUUUAUAUUUAUGUUAUAGUAAUAUUUUAUUACUUACAUAAAACGUAUAUUCGAGAACAUGGCUUCUGUCCUUUUUUUUUAAGAACAAAAUUUCCUCCUUUUGCCUCACUAUUAUCAUAUUAUGCUUAUUACUACAAAAUAAUAAUAAAAACAAAUACACACUCAUCUGCUAGAUAACACAUGUUCACGGUGCCGUUUAGUUCAAUUCUCAUCACCACGCUCCACCUCCAGUAUUUUACUUACUGUAUUCGUUCAAGUGUGUUCUGUCAUUUAAACCCUUGCUUCACAUCGAUGCGCAUCAUAUUCAAUCAGGAGAUUAAAACAAUUUCUCCAUUUUGUAAAU